GCCUGGCGGCCAAUCAGCUGUGGGGGGGCGGGGCGGCCCGGCUGGACGGCAGCCGCCGCCGCUCCGUCUCGCGCACAGACGCACCACCCGGCCCGCAGAGAUGUGGCAGCCGACGCCGCCCGGCGCCGAGACGACAUCGCACCUGCUGACGCCGCCGGCCACACCGACGUCAUCGGCGUCAUCGGCGGCGUCGCGGCUGAGCCCGGAGCUGGCGGCGGCGCGCGGUGACGGCGGACGGGCCGGGGACCCGGAGAUAGCCGGCACGUGGGUGACGGGGAGCGGAGAGGGCACGGGGUCCCCUCGGCUCCCGGCGGCGAGCUCGGAACAUGCCCAGCUGACCGCCACCGCAGCUGCUGCAGCCAGCGCCGCAGCCGCCGGGAUGGCCGUCAGCCGGCUGCAGCUGCUGAGCCCGCUGCUGCAGGCUGCACAGCUGCAGCGCGGCCUGCUGCACGGCUGGCCGUACUGCCAGCUGCCGCUGCAGCUGCUGCAGCCGGCGCUGCCGCAGCCCUGGCGCACCGGCCGGCCGGCGCGCUCCCGCAAGCGCUACAUCUGCCAGUACUGCCAGCGCGAGUUCAGCAAGAGCUACAACCUGCUGAUCCACGAGCGGACGCACACGGACGAGCGGCCGUUCCCGUGUGACGUCUGCGGCAAGGCGUUCCGCCGGCAGGACCACCUCAGAGACCACAGGUACACCCACAGCAAGAAGAAGCCAUUCCAGUGUGAGGUAUGCGGCAAAGGCUUCUGUCAGGCGCGCACCCUGGCCACCCACCGCGCUCAGCACGCUCCGCGCAGCCCCUCGCCGACGACCCUGCGGCUCGCGGAGCUUCAGCUGGGGCCACGGGCAGGUGGUGACUCGUCCUCAGUACGACCUCCGUGGCUGAGAGAGGUCUCAAGACCUCAGUCUUCUGCCGCAGAAUCACCGCCGCCGCCACAGCGCGCUUCUUCAGAGAUUCGACGAGAAUCAGGUGACUUACUGAAGAAUGGCUCGUGUGAGAUAAUUCCACGCACGAGUGCAUUUGAAAACUGUGAAGGUUCUCUGUUUCUUCGUCACGGUUUGUUGUCAGAGGAGAGAUCUAAAGAGGCGGUAAUGUCACGUGAUCCUGCUGCAAGGCUAGGUCAGCUGAGGCUCAGCCAAUCUGACGACAGUGAAGCUUUAAAUCUGUCUGUAAGAAAGACUACCGGGUUUACCAUUGAUGAGAUCAUGAAGCCUUGUGAAUAGUAACGGCGUUAUGAGCAAUACUCCUCAUUAGUCAAACGUGUUAAUAAGUGUUGUUACGUCGUGCAAUCAUUGCCAUGUGUUCUGCACACUCAGCAUUGUUAUGGUCAUGUAUCAUGUUUUACUCAUGUUCGAAGUGUGGGCUCUAGUGUGCAGCGUAUCUGUAAUAAACAACCACACAGCCUGA